GGGGAACAUGGCGAAGACCUACGACUACCUCUUCAAGCUGCUGCUGAUCGGCGACUCGGGCGUGGGCAAGACGUGCGCGCUCUUCCGCUUCAGCGAGGACGCUUUCAACGCCACCUUCAUCUCCACCAUCGGCAUCGAUUUCAAGAUCCGGACCAUCGACCUGGAGGGCAAGAAGAUUAAGCUGCAGAUCUGGGACACCGCUGGGCAGGAACGCUUUCGGACUAUCACAACGGCUUACUACAGAGGAGCCAUGGGUAUUAUGCUGGUAUACGACAUCACCAAUGAAAAGUCUUUUGAAAAUAUUCGGAACUGGGUCAGGAACAUUGAAGAGCAUGCUUCUCCAGAUGUAGAAAAAAUGAUACUGGGAAACAAAUGUGAUAUGAACCAGAAGCGGCAAGUUUCCAGAGAUCAAGGAGAGAAGCUGGCCCUUAGCUUUGGAAUUAAGUUCAUGGAGACCAGCGCAAAGGCAAACAUUAAUAUAGAGAAUGCAUUUUUUACUCUUGCAAGAGACAUCAAAGCAAAAAUGGACAAGAAACUGGAAGGCAACAGCCCUCAAGGCUACAGCCAGGGCGUGAAGAUCAGCCCGGAGCAACAGAAGAAAAGCAGCUUUUUCCGAUGUGCCCUUCUCUGAAGGGUGCAGCCUUAGCACUACUACCUGGACUGAUUCGACUUCCUGGACUGUUCCUGCUUGUAAGGGGCUUCCUCUCUUUCUCUGGAUCUGACUUCCUGCAGUCCACCCUGCUAGGAUGUGUCUGUUAGAAGGAGACUGAGAGCUAAAGCACACGAGACGAAUUACACGAGGACACUCGGGUGAAGGGAGAUGCAACGUUAGCUGGGAAGCAGAGUUUGAAUUUCACCUGUCUCUACAGAGCUGGCUAGAUAGCUCUUCAGAGGGUUUGUUACUUUCCUCUUCGCCUCGGGGAAGGCUCUGGCAAUUAUUAACAAACCCUCUGAAGAACAUCUUUGUGGCUCUGUAGAGAGGUAAAAUUAACAAACCCUCAGAGGAUCUUUUCCGGCUCUGUAGAGUGGGAUGAAAUUCAAACUACACUUCCUGGCUAACAUUGCAUCUCCCUUCACUUGAGCGUCCCUUGUGUAAUUCGUCUUGUGUGGUUUUGCUCGGAGAAGGUGAUUUCUUUUCCUGACUGACUCUUGUGUGCUAGAGAAGAUAGCUAUUUUCUCAGUGAUUCUGCUUGGUGGAAAACGUGCCGGGUUUGGGGAGAGGUGUAGCAAGAGAUCACCUGAAGGAACUUUCUUGAUGGGGUUCUGUCUGUUUCUUGAAGAUAUGUUUUGUUAACUGCAUUGGGCCUAAUUGAAAAAGCAAGCUAUGAUCAGAAUAUUUCUAAAUGAUUUCCCACAAAACUCACAAUCUUUGUAGGGCACAAGAAUGUUUAUAGGGCUUAAUUGUUGUUGGCUACAAGCACUGAUUUUUUUAUAAUAGUAGACCCCCUGCCCUUGCAUCAAGGGGCCACAAAUCUCACACUUCCCUUGCACAAAACAGCACCUUUAUCUGCUCCUAGUGUGCUCUUUCCAUUUGUUCUAGACAUUCCCAUGGUAGAAGUUGCACAAUUCCGCAAUGCAAAAAUAAAUCUAUUUUUUUAGAGAAACUAAAGUAUGCUGUCCUAUGCAAAUUGAAGAAGAGGAAUGCUUGGGUGAAUAAUGAAAGAGGAACUGCUUUUUUUGCUGUUUGCUUGCAUUCCACGAUAUGUUGUAUGGCCCUGGCCUUACAUACUACAUAAGUAAAUGGGUUCCUCUUA